UUCUCUUAUACCUCACUCACGCUGAUCCAGGAGUGACUGACCUGCAUAAAUGCACAUUCGGCGGGUUUUGCCAAAAGCGGUUAGAAGAGGAAGAGCCCAUUCACUCAUUCAUUCAUGACCUCUCAAUAGGUUCAUUCGGUCCCAACUAUGCUACUCCCACUUCCCACUCAUGUUUGUAUGUGUGAAACUUUGACCGAGAAGAAAUGAACCGCCCGUAUGAUCUGAUUGUGUAUGGCGCCACCGGCUACCUGGGGUCUCUGGUGGUGCAAUAUCUGUGGACUCAUGGUCCGCCAGCCCUCCGAUGGGCUGUUGCUGGCCGCAGCGAGCAAAAGCUGGCAACCGUUGUGAACUCUUUGGACCAAUCCCAAUCCCACCGCAAGCUACCUCAUAUCAUGGUAGUUGCCCUCAGUGGCGAGGACUUGGGGCGCAUGGCCUCCCAAACACGCCUUGUGCUCAACACCGUCGGAGUAUGUCCCUUACUUUUUUGCAAAUAUGGGACACCCGUUGUGGCAGCCUGUAUAGAGCAUUCCACCGCUUAUGUGGAUUCCACGAGGGAACACAUUUGGACGCAGCAGCUGGCAGCGCAGUGGCACGAAAAGGCGAUGGCCCACAAGGCAAUUAUUAUUCCACAAUGCGCCGUGGAGUCAAGUCCCCCGGACCUUAUGACGCUCCUUCUGGCACGGAGACUGCGCCGUCCUCUUGGACCCAUAUUCUUCACAAUUCAGCAUUCCUGGACCGGUUACAGCGGGGGGACCAUUGCAAGCAUCCUCGCUGGUCUAGAGACGUACUCGCCCCGGCAGAUGAUGGCUGCCAGUGCACCACGCGCAUCCUGUAUCCCAGACACCGGACCGCAUCGGCCUCAUCUCGCUCCGAGCCUCCCCGUCCGGCGGGAUCGCUUUCUCGGCGACCUCACUUUCAACCCCUCCGCGAUGACGGAUCAAGCUGUCGUCAUGCGCACCUGGUCACUCCUACAGCGAUACGGGGACCGAACCGAGCAAUAUGGGGAUCGAUUCAGCUUCCAGGCCUAUACCACUGCGCAGAGCUGGCUGCAGGCGUGGUCUUCGUUUCUCACCAUGUCCCUCGCGGUACCUCUGAUAUCCCGACAGCCGUAGGGGUGGGCUGAGGACGGUUGUUGUAGUCGGUAUGAGCGAGAGUACUGAUAGAGUUGGAACGAACAUGCUCUCGCGCACUGUCCGGACGACCAUCCUCUUCUGGUGUCAUUUCUAGAGCACUUAACGAUCGUUUGCGA